AUGAAGACCAUUAUCUUGGCCGCCCUGGCCCUCUUUGCGACCCAAGGUCUUGCUGCUCCUACGACGAUGAUCGCAAACACCGGCGGGGUUAGUGUUGCUGUCUGCGGUACUGGACAGUGGAGUGGCUGCAAAAAAGCAAAACGAGAUGCCGAGCCACGAAAUGCAGUACUAGAUGUUUUAAGGCCCCGCCCGCAAUCUGGGGAGAAGGUUAAACGUGACGCCGAGCCACGAAAUGCAGUACUAGAUGUUUUAAGGCCCCGCCCGCAAUCUGGGGAGAAGGUUAAACGUGACGCCGAGCCAGAAAAGAUGGUGCUUGUAAAGUCCCCCGGCCCCGGCUCCUCCUCACUUGCUACCUGCGGGCUUCAUCCCGACAGUGGCUGUAGAAAGGCCAAAUGA